AUGCGACCGCUGCUCGACGUAACUCUUUCGGCACUCCACCUGUGCUGUUGCGUGGCCAUCGUCUGUCGCAAGGCGCACGGCUGGCCGCCUCCCAGCCGCCUAUAUAUACGGCGGCUCGGCACUCGGGCCGCCGUGUGUCUCUGCAGCUCAUCCAACAACAUGAUCAAGAUUGCUCUGGUGCUGGCUUUGGCCGCCUGCUGCGUGAGUGCCGCCCCCAAGGCGGGCCUCGCCCCCUUGGCCUACUCCGCCCCCCUGGUGGCGGCCGCCCCCGUGUCCUACGCCGCCCCCGCGCCGGCUGUCGUUACGGCGCACAGCUCGCAGUACAUCGCUCAGAACUUCAACGGACUCGCCGUGGCCGCCGCCGCCCCCGUUGUCGCCGCCGCCCCUGCAGUUGCUGCAGCGUACCACGCCGCCCCUGUUAUUUUCGUCUAG